UGAAAGUCUUCAAAUAACAAAAAUUCAAUGAACAAUACUAACAAUCAAACACAUGUCCAUUUAAGUCACAUUUUCAAUUCCAUUCAAAAUUCAUUAAAUUUUAUCAAAGGGAUCAUUUCUAAGAAAUUUCGUUUCAAGGGCAAUUUGUUCUAUAAAAGACCAAAGUCUCUCCCUCUUGGUCUAUAUCAUUCACAACUUUGAUCCUUGUAAAUCUUCAAUCUAAAAAAAUUCACUAUGGGAGUCACAACCUUUACACAUGAGUAUUCCUCAACCGUUGCACCAUCGCGCAUGUUCACGGCUUUGAUCAUAGACUCUAGAAAUUUGAUCCCAAAGCUCUUACCACAGUUUGUUAAAGAUGUCAAUAUAAUUGAAGGAGAUGGAGGAGCUGGAAGCAUUGAACAAGUCAACUUUAAUGAAGGAGGCAAGCGGGCAACAAGCUGCGCCGCUAGAUCUUUUUGGAUGGCAAAAUCAAUCUUCGUAAACACAACAUUUAUGGAUCUAGGAGACAUAACAUUGCUAUGCAUAACCCUUUGGACUAUAUGUAGAAGGUCAACUGCCUCUGAUGCUAGAAAGCCAAAAGUGUCAAAAGCAAAUUGUAUUAAAAGCAUGUUGAUUGUCAGAACACGCUUUCUCAUGUUUGACCACUUUGCUUGACGCAGCUUUUAGAGCUGUCUGUCCUACCGUAAAAGCCCCCACCCCUUAACCCACAAGUGGUGAAACCCCAGUCAAGUCCACACAUGCAUGUUUUCCUCCAACCCAUCCGUACACCAUAACAUCCGCAGGCCUAAGUGUCGAUCUUCUAUCUAGUGGGUCAGUCAGAAAGUUCACAGGCGCCUCCUUCUUCAUUGAUACUCCUGCUCGCCUGAAUAUAUCAAAAAGUACAUCCUUAACAAAGUCAUGUCUGUAUUUAAAGUCGGGAAGCUCCUUACAAUGAACGGCAUGCUUCCCAAAAGUAUCCAGACAUUUAAUAUUUCUUUUUCAAUUGAUAGUAAAGUCAAUUGAUUUAAUCUUUAUUGAUAAAUAUUAAUUUUGAUUUUGAAAAUAAUAGAGUAUGUGUCUUUAUCAUUAAGUAAAAUAUACUUUUGGAUUGCUUUGGUGGCUUUACCUUUGAGUCGACAUCAGGUAAACUAAAGAAGUUUAUUUGAAUAACUUCUUAUGUAUUUCUUUUAUGAUAUGCAGGCAGCCCCUUCAAAUAUCUGAAACAAAAGAUUGAUGUGCUUGAUAAGGAAAAUUUGAUUUGCAAAUACACUAUGAUUGAAGGGGAUCCAUUAGGGGACAAGCUGGAAUCAAUUGCUUAUGAGGUGAAGUUUGAGGCUACAAAUGAUGGAGGUUGUCUAUGUAAAAUGGCAAGCAGUUACAAGACUAUUGGAGAUUUUGAUGUUAAAGAAGAAGAUGUAAAGGAAGGAAGGGAAAGCACCAUUGGAAUUUACGAAGUUGUGGAGUCAUAUCUGCUGGAGAAUCCACAAGUCUAUGCUUGAUUUUUUAUUUAUUUAUUUGUUAUGUGUCAUGUAUCAUAGAUCAUAUACAAAUUACAAAUCUAUUCAAAUUUGUAAUAUUUUUUAUGCAAGUGCAACCAUAGGGACAUUUGGAAUGGUUGCUAAGAGUUGAAUUCCUUAAUAAGUUCUUAUAGCAUGUGUGGCCAUAAAUGGCUAGAGAUUGGUGGUUUGGCAAAUACAUUUGUACAAGUUAGAAGCUAUGUAUUGGACAUUUCAAUAUUUGAGCUUUUAUUUUUAUCAUUUUGA